UACGCUUACAGGUGGUGGGUUACUGGGUGGAGGGUUUCCCCCUGUCUGGGUUCUAUGUGCAUGCUUACGUUGCUGUGUAUUCUAACUAUGUGCUUUAUUGUUUUGCAGUGUGUGUGUGAUCUCCUCUUCCCUGUACCUACUGGUGGUGGUGACCCCCCUUUUCUCUCACUCCCUCAUUCCUGUAGGCCUCCCUGACAGCCCCCCUCCCCUCCCCCUUGUACUGAGUGGACCAGGAGAGCUCAGAGGUUCCCAGUAGUCAGUCUGCCCAGCAGUAUCAAACACACCUGGACUCCAUAUUUAUGGAAGUUAUUCUGGAGUUUGUCAGUGUGAACUCAAAUCCAACCUGAAGAAGAAGUUCCAGUGUGUGUUUGAGGGGAUUGCUAAAGCAGGAAACCCAACCCUUCUGGACCAGAUCUACACAGAGCUCUACAUCACAGAGGGAGGGACAGCAGAGGUCAAUGAUGAACAUGAGGUCAGACAGAUUGAAACAGCAUCUAGGAAACCAAACAGACCAGAAACAACAAUCAGACAAGAAGACUUCUUUAAACCCUCACCUGGAAGAGAUGAAUCAGUCAGAACAGUGAUGACAAAUGGAGUGGCUGGCAUUGGGAAAACAGUCUUAACAAAGAAGUUCACUCUGGACUGGGCUGAAGACAAAGCCAACCAGGACAUACGGUUCACAUUUCCAUUCACUUUCAGAGAGCUGAAUGUGCUGAAAGAGAAAAAGUACAGCUUGGUGGAACUUGUUCAUCACUUCUUUACUGAAACCAAAGAAGCAGGAAUCUGCAGGUUUGAAGAGUUCCAGGUUGUGUUCAUCUUUGACGGUCUGGAUGAGUGUCGACUUCCUCUGGACUUCCACAACACUGAGAUCCUGACUGAUCCAACAGAGUCCACCUCAGUGGAUGUGCUGCUGACAAACCUCAUCAGGGGGAACCUGCUUCCCUCUGCUCGCCUCUGGAUAACCUCACGACCUGCAGCAGCCAAUCAGAUCCCUCCUGGGUGUGUUGACAUGGUGACAGAGGUCAGAGGGUUCACUGACCCACAGAAGGAGGAGUACUUCAGGAAGAGGUUUGCAGAUGAGGAGCAGGCCAGCAGAAUUAUCUCUCAUGUCAAGACAUCAAGAAGCGUCCACAUCAUGUGCCACAUCCCAGUCUUCUGCUGGAUCACUGCUACAGUUCUGGAGGAUGUGUUGAAGACCAGAAAGAGAAGAGGGCUGCCCAAGACCCUGACUGAGAUGUACAUCCACUUCCUGGUGGUUCAGUCUAAACUGAAGAAUGUCAAGUAUGAUGGAGGAGCUGAGACAGAUCCACACUGGAGUCCAGAGAGUAGGAAGAUGAUUGAGUCUCUUGGACAACUGGCUUUGGAGCAGUUAACAAAAGGCAACCUGAUCUUCUAUGAAUCAGACCAGUGUGUGGCAUCGAUAUCAGAGCAGCCUCAGUGUACUCAGGAGUGUUCACACAGAUCUUUAAAGAGGAGAGAGGACUGUACCAGGACAAGGUCUUCUGCUUCAUCCAUCUGAGUGUUCAGGAGUUUCUGGCUGCUCUUCAUGUCCAUCUGACAUUCAUCAACUCUGGAGUCAAUCUGUUGUCAGAACAACAGUUAAUCUACCAUAAAUCUGAAGUGACAAAGUACUUCCAGCGGGCUGUUGACCAAGCCUUAAAGAGUCCAAAUGGACACCUCGACUUGUUCCUUCGCUUCCUCCUGGGACUUUCACUGGAGACCAAUCAGACUCUCCUACAAGGUCUGCUGACACAGACAGGAAGAAGCCUACAGACCAAUCAGGUAGCGGUCGAUUACAUCAAGAAGAAGAUUGAAGAGACUCCCUCUGUAGAGAGAACCAUCAAUCUGUUGAUGAACUGUCUGAAUGAACUGAAUGAUAGUUCUCUAGUGGAUCAGAUCCAACAGUCCCUGAGUUCAGGAAGUCUCUCCACAGAUUACUUGUCUCCUGCUCAGUGGUCAGCUCUGGUCUUCAUCUUACUGUCAUCAGAAAAAGAUCUGGACGUGUUUGACCUGAAGAAAUACGUUGCUUCAGAGGAGGCUCUUCUGAUGCUGCUGCCAGUGGUCAAAGCCUCCAACAAAGCUCUACUGAGUGGCUGUAACCUCUCAGAGAGAAGCUAUGAAGCUCUGUCCUCAGUUCUCAGCUCCCAGUCCUCUAGUCUGAGAGAGGGAAGGACCAUUCCUCCCUUUUCUUUUCUUAAUUGCAAGGUUUUAUAUUUUACUCUGGCCCUCUUCCCUUGCCAUAUGUAUCUUGAUAUUGAGCUGUCCCAAAUUAAAAAUUGUUUUGGUGGUAUUUCCACAGGCAGGCACUGAAAAAGAUAAAGUAAUCGUGGAGGGAUAUUCAUCCUAAUUGACUCAAUCCUGGAGCUCAAACUCAGGAAAGGGAUAACGUUCUAUCUUUGCAUGUGUGCUUUUAUUCUGGAAUUUAGAGGUCCAUCAACUUACCGUAAUUUCCUGUGAUCAUAACAAAUCUGCCUUCUUUAUGUUUAUAUUCACAUAAAUGUUCAUAGUUUACAGUUCUGGAUAUCAAAAUCGCCACUCCCUGAUUAAUAGGAAGAAAAAUAGACAUGCUUAAACCCCAUUUUGUUCAGUUUAGCAUGUUCAGAUUUAUUAAGAUGAGUUUCCUGCAAAUAUGCAAUUUGGACUUUUUCUUUCUUGAGUUUCGAUAAAAUGUUCCCCCUCUUAAUUGGAUUGAGUAUGCCGAUUAUAUUAAAUGAAGCCAUUUUGAUAGAUCUUUUUGUCAUCUAAGUUAAUCCCCCUUCUACUGCAUUAAUGAACCUGGUAAGCUCCCACCUCCCCAAAAGAACAAACCGGGAGUGAACGAGAUAACAAUGAACAGACGACACAUUCAAAAACAUAGGCUUAACUUUGUCGUCAAAUACGACUUCCAAUGUAGGUCUCAAAGGAGUUUUUCCACAAAUGACACCAUAGUUGGUGAGGCUUUUUCAGCUUCCUCUGGCACCCAGUAAAUCCUCACGUUCUCACGUCUCGAGCGGCUCUCCAAGUCCAUUAGCUUAUCCUCUAGCUUCACGUGUAUCUUUAGCAUCUCUGUCAUGAUUUCUUCCAUGUUUUGGAUCCUUUCUUCUGUUUUCUCAAUUCGCCCUUCUGCUUCAUCCAGUCUGAUAGUCACCUUUGUGAAUCAAUAGAGUACUAUCAGACCUUAAUCAAUAGAGUAAUAUCAGACUGUAAUCAAUAGAGUAAUAUCAAAAAAUUACUGUAAUCAAUAGAGUACUAUCAGACUGUAAUCAAUUGAAUACUAUCAGAAACAGACUGUAACCAAUAGAGUAAUAUCAAAAAAUUACUGUAAUCAAUAGAGUACUAUCAGACUGUAAUCAAUUGAGUACUAUCAGAAACAGACUGUAACCAAUAGAGUAAUAUCAGAAACAGACUGUAAUCAAUAGAGUAAUAUCAGAAACAGAUUAUAAUCAAUAGAGUACUAUCAGAAACAGACUGUAAUCAAUAGAGUAAUAUCAGAAACAGACUAGAAUCAAUAGAGUACUACCAGAAACAGACAGUAAUCAAUAGAGUAAUAUCAGAAACAGACUGUAAUCAAUAGAGUAAUAUCAGAGUGUAAUCAAUAGAGUAAUAUCAGACUGUGAUCAAUAGAGUAAUAUCAGAGUGUAAUCAAUAGAGUAAUAUCAGAAACAGACUGUAAUCAA